GCAGCUAAACAACAUCUAAAUCAUUUACGAUUUGAAAAUUUUGUCGUUUUUAAUUGCAUAUUUUAGAAAUUUCUCGUUUUAUUCGCAGAGAUAGUUUACUGCAUUUUAAAGAUGCCGGCCGUGGAUGUGGACACUGCCCUGUUAACCAUGGGUUAUGGGGGUGGUCAGGUGAUCAUUUUCGUGGUGAGCUUCUUCGUGUACAUGUACUCCGUAACGGAGUCCAUGAGUGCUGGCUAUCUCGUGGUGCUGACCUCCUGCGAGUUCGAUACCUCGCCCAACGAGAAGACCCUGUUGGCCAACUCCCUGCUGGGCGGGAUGGUGGCCUCCGGAUUGUUCAUUGGCUUCCUGGCGGACCGGUACGGCCGCAAGUUCGUUAUCCGGUUGGCACUCGUAGGAGCCCUGUGCUGCUCGAUGCUCUCCGCUUUCAUGCCGGAGCUCUAUUCGCUGGCUGUGGCACGGGUAAUAGUGGGAACCUUCCUCUCGGCGGUGGCAUCCUUGCAGGUGGGAUUCCUGGCGGAGUUCCACGCGGUCAAGUGGCGACCCAUAACUGUGGCCAUUUGCAGCCAAUCGCAAGGAUUAGCUCUGAUCUACUGUCCACUGGUGGCCAUGGCUAUACUGCCCUACAACUUUCAUGUGGAUCUCAGCAGUAGCUUCGACAUACGGGCCUGGCGAUUCCUGAUGAUGUUCUUCAUGAUUCCCGGCUGGUUGGCCCUGGUCGGCAUCUGUCUGGUGCCGGAGACUCCGCACUUUCUCAUGUCCGUGAAUCGGCCGGACAAGGCGCUCCAGGCCCUGCAGUGGAUAUGCCGGAUGAACAGAAAGAAGUGGGAGGACAUUGACAUAACUUUGAGUGUGGAUAACUCGGGUGCGGUCGAUCAGGGAAGCUUCUGGAAGAAUGUGGGGUACGAGUAUAAACUGCUCUUUACCAAACCCGAAGUCUUCAAGUUUUUCAUCUGUCUCAUGCUUAUUUUUGGGAUAUUCUUCACUUCCAUUGGAUUGGGCAUCUGGUUUCCGGUCAUCCGCAACAUGGACAACUCAGGCUCGAACCGACUAUGCGACCUCGUCAAUAAUAACCCAACAUUGAUGCAUCGUGAAGACGAGGUGAUCAACGGCACGGGUACGGAGGCAUCGCAGUGCAACGACGAGAUGACCAACCUGAUCGAUCCCGUCUACUACGGCCUAACCUACAUUGGUUGUUUCAUACUGGCCUCGCUGCUGGUGCAGUGCAUGCCCCGGAAGUAUGUGAUUGCUCUGCACAUCCUGAUUGCCUUUAUUAUGGGCCUGUCGCUAAACAUCCUGAAGCAGCCGACCAUGGUGCUAAUCUUCUUCGUGCUCAUGAUGGUCUUGCCCGGCGUCCUGAUCCCGCUGGCCACCUCGGUGCUGGUCGACUGUCUGCCCGUCAAUUUGCGCGGCAAGGCACUGUGUAUGGUCCGAUCCCUGGCGCGAUUUGGUGGCGUGCUGGGCAGCACCAUGAUUGGGCUCUUCAUUAGGAUCACUUGCGAUGUAACCUUCAACAUUUUCAAUAUCUGUCUGGCAAUUUGUGUCGUUCUGGCAGUCUUUCAACCCAAGGACGUGGUUUAAUGUGGUAUGCUUGUCUAAAUUUUUACGUGUUGCACUAAGGAAAUGUUUUUAAAUAAAGAUUUUACCAUAAGCCACAUAGUCUAGCAA